AUGGAUUAUGCUAAAAAAGAAUAUAACAACACAAUACAAAUUAUGAGUACGGGACAAUUUUCACCAGUCAACAAACUUUCAUAUGGAAAGUCAACACAAGGGAAAAAUUUAACUGGUACUGUUCGACAUAUACGAGAUUUAAUUGCAGAUAUUCAUCAAAAUAUACAAACAUGGAAUGUAUUUCACUUAGAAGGUGUAGUAUUGCUGAAAGAUAUAACUCAAGUAAAACAAGAUAAAUCUUAUUCUAAAAUUUUGCAAGAACAAUGUGAUAAAUUAGAAAUUGUCUGUGAUGCAUUGGAUGACAUUGUAAAAAAUCUUGCUCAAAUUACACAUCAUAUAAAAAUAACAACAUCUUUAGAAACUAAUAUGGACAAGUUAUUUAUGACAUGGACCAGUUUAAAAUUUGGGCAAGUUGCAGAAUCAAUAUAUAAUGCAUAUUUUCAUGAGGCAAAAGUAAAACGUAAUAUUUUGAAAAAUGUAGCACAUCAUUACACGGAAUCUUGGAAAAUGUUAUUCCUUGCUAGUUGGGUGCAUCAGCCAUUAUUACCAGAGAAUCUAACAAUAUGUUUGGAAUCAAUGUUAAUAGAGAGUGGGCAUAGGUAG